UCAGCACUUGUGCUCUCUGGCAGCAAGCAGCACAGAGACUCUCCCAGUCCUUAAUGAGGAAGCCUGUUUAAUUAAACAGAGGCCAUGAGACUGAAUUUUCGCAACCCUGGGCUUAAAGAGCGGAUCCCCUCCCAUGGGGACCUGGAGAAAAUGGAGAAAGAGGAAGCAGGAGACAGACCCAAGUGGGACAACAAAGCCCAGUACCUGCUCACCUGUGUGGGCUUCUGUGUGGGGCUUGGUAACGUCUGGAGGUUCCCAUACCUGUGUCAAAGCCAUGGAGGAGGAGCUUUUAUGAUCCCCUUUCUUAUCCUGCUCGUUUUGGAGGGUAUACCUUUGCUGUACUUGGAGUUUGCUAUCGGUCAGCGCCUUAGAAAGGCCAGUGUAGGUGUUUGGGCUGCGAUUAACCCCUACCUGACUGGUGUUGGUAUUGCCUCCAUGACCGUCUCAUUCUUGGUAGGCUUGUACUACAACACCAUUAUUGCCUGGGUGAUGUGGUACUUCUUCAACUCGUUUCAGACCAACCUGCCAUGGAGCCAGUGUCCUCUCACUGAUAAUCUCACAGGUCUAGUGUCAGAAUGUGAACGCAGCUCUCCAGUGGACUACUUCUGGUACAGGACAACAUUGAAUAUUUCAGAGACUAUCGAGGAGGCUGGAGACCUCCAGUGGUGGAUAGUAUUAUGCUUGGUUGCUGCUUGGAGUGUGCUCUAUAUUUGCUGCAUUAGAGGGAUUGAGACCACAGGAAAGGCUGUGUACAUCACCUCCACUUUGCCAUAUGCAGUCCUCACCAUUUUUCUCAUCAGAGGCCUGACUCUGAAAGGCUCUGUAGAGGGAAUCAAGUUCCUCUUCACACCAGAUCUGGAUGAGCUGUGGAACCCGUCCACAUGGCUGGAUGCAGGAGCACAAGUUUUCUACUCCUUCUCGCUGGCCUCUGGAGGUCUUAUCUCGUUCUCCAGCUAUAACCCUGUUCACAAUAAUUGUGAGCAAGAUGCUGUUAUUAUCUCCAUUAUUAACGGCUGCACGUCUGUCUAUGCUGCCACCGUUAUCUACUCUAUCAUUGGCUUUCGAGCGACAGAGCAGUUUGAUACUUGCCUUAAUGAAAACAUUGUGAUGCUGCUGAAUGCAUUUGACCUAGCUGAAGGGAGCAUCACAGAGAGCAACUAUGAUGAAAUGCUGCAAAGGUUCAACGGUACAGCCUCAGGGUCAGAGGUCAUUCGAGAGCUGGAUCUCAGCACCUGCAACCUGAAGACUUUUCUUAGUAAUGGUGUGGAGGGUACAGGUCUUGCUUUUAUUGUGUUCACGGAGGCCAUCACAAAGAUGCCUGUCUCUCCUCUCUGGUCUUUGCUGUUUUUCAUCAUGCUCUUCUGCCUUGGCCUCUCCACCAUGUUUGGAAGUAUUGAGGGAGUGGUUGUUCCUUUACAGGAUCUGGAAAUCUUUCCUAAAAAGUGGCCCAAAGAAGUGCUCACAGGAAUUGUGUGCCUCUCGUGCUUCUUGAUGGCCCUGAUUUUUGCCCAGCAGUCGGGUAAUUACUGGUUAGCUCUGUUUGACAGCUAUGCAGGCUCCAUCCCUCUGCUCAUUAUUGCCUUUUGUGAGAUGAUGGCUGUUGUCUACCUGUAUGGAAUAGAUAGGUUUAACAAAGACAUUGAGUUCAUGAUAGGACACAGACCCAACAUCUUCUGGCAGGCCACAUGGAGAGUGGUCAGCCCUUUGAUCAUCUUGGUCAUCUUUGUGUUUUACUUUGUCAACAAAAUCAGAGACAAACUGACAUACAUCACCUGGAAUCCAAGUUCGGAAAACUUCCCAGUUUUGGAGACAUUACCCUAUCCUGCUUGGGUUUCCACUUUUAUCAUCCUUCUGGCCGGAGUCCCCAGUCUUAUGAUUCCCGGAUAUGCAUUGUACAAGUUAAUCCUAAAAUGUUGCAGCAAGAAAACUAAUGCACAUGGUACCAGUACCAUCUCUGCCAAGAUUAACACUUGAAAAAGCAUUUUGUUAGACCCUCCUGCUUGAUAAGUGUGAGCUCACAUGCUAAAUUGAUUUGAGACAUUUUUGCUCAUUUGGUAUUAUUAAGCAUGUAAAUUGAGAAGAAGAAGAAGAAGAAGAAAAAGAAGAAGAAGAAGAAAAUAUAUGUAUUAAUGCGUUAGAAUGUUUAAUGUCUUUACCUUGCAAUAUGGCUACACUGAAAUCCAUUAAAAUAUGUUUUGUUGAACUCCUUUUAGCUUUAAUUACAGUACACAUUCUCUGUGGCACUGUUUCAGUAAGCUUCUGCAAUGUCACAAGAUUUAUUCCGAUCCAGUGUUACAUUCAUUUUUCACCAAUAUCUUGUAAUGAUGAUGGGAGUCUGACCACUGUUCAAAGCCUUCUUCAGCACAUCCCAAAGAUGCUCAACAUUUUGUGGUCUAUCUAUGUAUGUUCCAGUAGAACAAGUAAAAAUGGUGUAAUGCACAGAUUUAGCAAAAGGUAAUUUUCACUUAUUUUUUACACUAUUUUGAUGUGCGUGUCCAAUUAGUCAUCUAAAAUCAAAAACCUUUCUUUUGCAUGCAUUGUACUCAUACAUUUAGACUGUAAAAGAUAUUAUAUCCCAGAAGAAUAUGUAAUGAUCUCUGUGUAUUUUAGUGUAUUGCAUCUUCUGUUCAAAUAAUUAAAGAUUUGUAAAAUUUCAAA